GGGACACGGACACAGACACGGGGGGCUCGGGCCGGGGCACCCGGCGCUCCCGCACGGAGCGGAGGGGGAGGGCGGGGUCUGCGCCCCACACGUGUGCGCGUCCCAUGGGACCGGGGGGAGCGGAAGGACCUGCUCUGUUCCCCCCGGCUGCCCCGGCCCCGCCCGGGAUGUGGGAUGCAGGUAGGGAUGCGGGAAGUAGGCAGGGAUGCUGGCAGGGAUGUGGGGUAGCGGCAGAUGGGAGCCCCACGGGGCUGAGAAGGAUGUGGGGUAGGGAUGCGGGCAGGGAUGUGGAGUAGGGAUGCUGGCAGGAAUGUAGGGUGGGGAUGCAGGCAGGGAUGUGGGGCGGGGAUGCAGGCAGGGAUGCAGGCAGGGAUGCAGGAGCCCCCGGGACCUCCACGCGCGGUGGGAUGUGAUGGGCUCUCCUCGGCCGGGCCGGGUCCGGGUGUCGCGAUAGGGGCUGACGCGAGGCGGCGGAGCCAGACACUCACCUACAGCCGGGACCGGGGCUCCAUCGCCGCCGCUGCGCUCGGUGCGGAGCGGCCCCGGGAUUUAUGAAUGAACCGGAGCCGCCCCCGCGCGGCGCGGGCGUCACGUGGGGACAGGGGCUGCCCCGAGCCCUGCCUGUGCCAGAGCCUUGUCUGUACCCGAGCCCUGCCUGUGUCAGAGCCCUGCCUGUACCAGCCCUGCCUGUACCCGAGCCCUGCCUGUACCAGCCCUGCCUGUACCGGAGCACUGCCUGUGCCAGAGCCUUGUCUGUACCCGAGCCCUGCCUGUACGCAGAGCCCUGCCCGUACCAGCCCUGCCUGUACCAGAGCCCUGCUUAUAUCAGCCCUGCCUGUGCCAGAGCCCUGCCUGUACCAGAGCCCUGUCUGUACCCAAGCCUUGCCUGUGCCAGAGCCUUGCCUGUACCAGAGCCCUGUCUGUACCAGCCCUGCUUGUACCCAGAACCCUGCCUGAGCUGGAGCCCUGCCUGUACCCAGAACACUGCCUGUACCACAGCCUUGCCUGUACCCAGAGCCCUACCUGUACCCAGAACGCUGCCUGCACCCAGAGCCCUGCUUGUACCAGAGCCCUGCCUGUACCGGAGCCCUGUCUGUACCCAGAGCCCUGCCUGUACCAGCCCUGCCUGUGCCAGAGCCCUGCCUGCACCAGAGCCCUGCCGGCACCAGCCCUGCCCGCCCCGCAUCCAGCCCUGCCCGCACAGCUCCCUGCAGGCCCGGUGCGGGCGCACGGGUGUUCCGGGGGGGGGGUGUGUGUGUGUGUGUGUUUGUUCCAGACCGGGGGUCCCCCCUCACACCCCGCCUCCCAGCAGCGGCCUCGAGAACUACAAGUCCCAUGAUGCUCCUCGGCUCGCCCGCGGCGUCCCAUCCUGCCGGCGCGCGGGGCCCCACGGGAGGUGUAGUCCGCUGCGCGGGGCAGGGCGGGAGCCCGGAGCGGCGUCACGUGCCCCGCGCCCCGCCGCCGCCGCCGCCGCCGCCGCCGCCGCCGCCGCCGCCAUGCUGGCCGCCCGCCGCCUCGUCCCGCUGCUCGCCGCCCGCCCGCCGCUGCUGCCCCGCGCCCGCGGCUACGCCGAGCCCGCGGCCGGGCCCGUGCCCAUGGCCUUCACCUUCGCCUCGCCCACACAGGUGUUCUACAACGCGGCCAACGUGAAGCAGGUGGAUGUGCCCACGCUGACCGGAUCCUUCGGCAUCCUGGCCUCGCACGUCCCCACCCUGCAGGUCCUCAAGCCGGGGGUCGUGACGGUCCAUGCUGAGGACGGCACAGCCACCAAGUACUUCGUGAGCAGCGGCUCCGUCACCGUCCACGCGGACUCCACGGUGCAGGUGCUGGCGGAGGAGGCGGUGACGAUGGACAUGCUGGACCUGGCUACUGCAAAAUCAAACCUGGAGAAGGCUGUUUCAGAAAUGGCUGCAGCAUCCGAUGAAGCAGCUAAAGCAGAAGCUCAGAUCAAAGUAGAAGCUAACGAAGCCCUUGUAAAAGCCCUGGAGUAACUAAGGAAUCCCGCUGUGGAUGUAGAGAAAGCCCAGACUGUCCCCCUUGUCCUGGCUGCCCCUAUUGUACAGAUGGUGCGGGACAAACGGAGGCGGAGGAAAUGCUCUGAUCCAUUAAAAGGAAAUGUAAUCCCGUC